GCUCGGUGUUAGGUGAUUAAAAACUUCGCGCGAAUAAUUAUUGUAACAAGAGCGAUGUCAGUUCGAUAAAGCAGCGAUGCUUCGAGUAGUUAUACGACACCGGAGUUAGUACGAUGAAGCGGCGGUGCUUCAAGUAGUCAUUUCGUCGAGACCGAUGUUAGUACGAACUAAGUAAACGAUACACGACGAAAUUAGUAUACAGACGACAUUGACUUUAGUUAAUAAGAAUUGAAUCCGAUGCAGUAGCUUUGUUGAAGAUCAGCAUUAGCCCGACUGACUGAUGUAAAUAUCUUCAUGUCUCGCGGAGACCAUCUUCGAUCAAAGUGCCUCGGAUAGAGGGCUUAAAUGAAUCGGGCGUCCCCGAUAUGAGCUCGGCUCACUUUUUUGCUGAAACCGAUGUGCAAUCGGUGUACCCAAUUCGAUUGGGCUCAGGCUUAUUGGAAAAUAUGUGUAAGACCGGUGUGAGACCAGUGUACUAGUUCGACUGGGUCACAUAUUUUCUUUAUUAUACUGAGCAAGACCGGUGUAGUAACCAGCGUGCCAGGCCAGGCCUGUGUCUCAGUCUUCCAAUAAGAUAAUGCUGCUGGCCAGGCCAGGUCAACAUUGGAGAAUUAACCAUGUCGGAUGGUUUCGAGCCCUCUCCAAGGCCCAAAAUGCACCCUUCUUCCAGGGCCCCCUCUUCCGGGUGAUUAAGUCUUUUAAUGGCCCUUUGAUAUUUACUAUCCCGGGAAGGCCUUAGCUCACCCCCCGUUCAAGUCUUCCCUGAGAAGGGGGAAAUAGGAUGCGCCACGGUGGACGAUCCCUCUUCUAUUUCUUUUAAUGGGCAUCUUUUAGUCCCCAAUCAAUUUGACGGCACCGGCUGAUUCCCCGAUACCGGUCAAACCUCAUGGGCCCGUGUAAGUACGGUUCGAACCUUCUUCCAGGUCCAGCCCUCUUGCAGGCAUACCCUCUUCCGGGCCCCUCUUCCGGGUUUAUUAUUUUUUUAUUUUAUACUGAGCAAGACCGGUGUAGUAACCGGCGUGCCAGGUCCGGGCCUGUGUCCCAGUCUUCCCUCCUUUCUUUGUAAAGUAUUGAGCCACACCUGUGUAGCAACCGAUCGGAGUCGUGUCUCCGUCUUUCUUUUAAUUAGGCAAGCUUAUUAUUUGAGGGACAUAAGAGGAUCAGGAAACGAAAACCCAUAUCAUCUUCACGGCGGAAAAAAAGCAGGAUUCCGUAGCCAUGGCUACAGAAAUCGCAAUCAACCCGGAGCCAGUUCAGUCCUUCUUCUCCAAGAUCGAAGCCCGCAGAUCCCUGUUAUCUACCAUCACAGACAUCCACAAAACCCUAACAUUACACUUCUCCUCGAUCGACCUCUCCAUCUCCCAGAAAUCCGAAACCCUUGAUGCUCGGAUCGCGUCAUUGCGGCAGGACACUGAGAAUUCCCUCAGAGAGCUCCGGAAUCGCGAGGAUGGGAUCCCGGCGCGCGAGGUCUCCAUGGCCGCCCGCGUCGAGGAGCUCAAGGCGGCGGCGAUUGCGGAUAUCGAGAACCCCCGGGCCGUCGAGAAGUUGAAGGAGAUGAAAGGGUCGGAUAUGCUGAGAUACCUCUGCAGAAGAAUGGACUCCAGAGGGCUCAUGGAGUUCCUCUUCAAGCACCGGAGGGAUUCUUCUGCUCUGCGAGCUGAGAUUUCUGAUGCUCUCAAAGAAUCAGUCGACCCCAUGAGGCUGGUUUUGGAUGCUGCGGAGGACUACGUAGGAAUGAAGGAAGAAGGGUCGGUUGGGAUGGCAGAUAGGAGGCGGGUAUGUUCCAUGUUGAUUCAGUCUGUUGUGCCGCUCAAGGAAGGAUGCUGUGUUGUGUCAAGGACAUUAAAGGAAAGGGCGUUAUCUGCUCUAGAGAAGUGGAAAGGUGUUCUUGAAAAUGCGGACACGACUGGUGGUGCCAGGCCCAAUGAAGCAUCAAUGUUUUUGCAGAUAGUGGUUGGGUUUGGAUUAAAGCAGGAGUUUCAAGAUGAUUUCUUGAGGAAACUGGUUGAGAAAUUUGCCUCCAGAAGAGAUAUGCCAAAACUUGCUAUGGCUUUAGGUUUUGGGAACAUAGUACCAGAUAUUAUUGAUCAGCUGGUGAAUGACGGGAAGGAGAUUGAGGCAGCAUAUUUUUCUUCUGAGGCUGGAUUAACCGAACAGUAUCCUCCAGUUCCAUUCAUCAAGGCGUCCAUAAAAAAUUGUAAAAAAAAUGCAAGAGAUGCUUCCAAGAAGGGAAAUUUCAGUGCUGCUGCAGUGGAAAAAGCCAACAAUUUGGAGCUAGAUGCCACCAAGGCAAUCAUCCAGUGCGUGGAAGAUCUCAAGCUUGAAGCUGAGGUGCCCUUAGAGGCACUCAAGAAACGGGUAGAGCAGCUUGAGAGUGCCAAGUCAGCAAAGAGAAAUAACUCUCCAAGCAAGCUUAUGAAUAAGCGUGACCGUGACCGUGAACGUGGCCUUGCCCGUCUCCGCAACCGCACCCGUGACCGCGACCGCAACCGUGGCACUACCCAAUCCUCCUCCCGCCCGCCUAAAGCUGCUAGGUUUUCUACUUCCACAGCUUCUCCCUAUCCUCCUAGAAGUACUCCCAGAACACAUUUAGGACAACCCCUCUCCUUGGGGCGAUACCCCCCGGCACCAUAUAAUUACUCACCAAGCCCUAGCGUUAUGUAUGAAGGGCAUGCCCCACCGUCAUAUACCCCACAUUAUAACGAACCCCGUCCGCGUAGUCCUGCUUCGUACCCUAAACAUUACCCGUACCAUACCCCAGCAGAGGUCACGACCCUACACGGUGGUGGACCCACACACUACGGAGCUCAGGGAAGCUACGGAGAGAGUCCGGUUCCGGUCCCACAGCACUACGGGUACCCUCCGCCACCGGAGGUCACAACGGGUAGUGCCCUACGGGGGGGUGCAUCCACACACUAUGGAGGAGCACAAACGCCGGCUGCCGGAGGAAUGUACGGAGGGAAUCCGGCACCGCCACAUCACCCGCACUACGGAUACUCUACCGCGGGGGUACAGGGGACUUCGUAUGAAGCAGCGGGACCACACGGCGCCGUGCCUGGCGGCGAGUAUGCCGCCGCCGCAGCAUAUGAUUAUGGGGCGGAGGCAGUGGCUGCGGCUUCUAUGACUGCAUACACAAGUUCUUACCAACCCCAGCAAUUCUAACUGCUGGUGGAGGCAUGAGACAGACAGCCUAUCACAUUUAUUAGUGUGAAGCAUAACAUGUCUUUCUCCAUAGAUGGUAUGAUUAUUUGAUGAUUAGCAUAUGUUAAUCAUCAUAUAAUGUUCUGUCAAAUGUUGUUUAUCUGGUUGGUUGUGAUAAGUUUAGCAGAUGUUUUGUUUGUUCAUUUCGAAAUAAUUUUUGCACCUUUUUUAGGGUGAUAUUUUAUGCACUUUUUAGGACUAAUCUUUUCCUUUCAUCUCAUGAAUGAGUAAAAGUCAGUAGCCUAA